AUGAGACAGACCAUGAAACAGACCAUGAGACAGACCAUGAAACAGACCAUGAGACGGACCAUGAAACAGACCAUGAGACAGACCAUGAAACAGACCAUGAGACGGACCAUGAAACAUACCAUGAGACAGACCAUGAGACAGACCAUGAAACAGACCAUGAGACGGACCAUGAAACAGACCAUGAGACAGACCAUGAAACAGACCAUGAGACGGACCAUGAAACAUACCAUGAGACAGACCAUGAGACAGACCAUGAGACAGACCAUGAAACAGACCAUGAGACAGACCAUGAGACAGACCAUGAAACAGACCAUGAGACAUACCAUGAGACAGACCAUGAAACAGACCAUGAGACGGACCAUGAAACAUACCAUGAGACAGACCAUGAGACAGACCAUGAGACAGACCAUGAAACAGACCAUGAGACAGACCAUGAGACAGACCAUGAAACAGACCAUGAGACAGACCAUGAAACAGACCAUGAGACGGACCAUGAAACAGACCAUGAGACAGACCAUGAAACAGACCAUGAGACAGACCAUGAGACAGACCAUGAAACAGACCAUGAGACAGACCAUGAGACAGACCAUGAGACAGACCAUGAGACAGACCAUGAGACAGACCAUGAAACAGACCAUGAAACAGACCAUGAGACAGACCAUGAGACAUACCAUGAGACAGACCAUGAGACAGACCAUGAGACGGACCAUGAAACAUACCAUGAGACAGACCAUGAGACAGACCAUGAGACAGACCAUGAAACAGACCAUGAGACAGACCAUGAGACAGACCAUGAAACAGACCAUGAGACAGACCAUGAGACAGACCAUGAAACAGACCAUGAGACAGACCAUGAGACAUACCAUGAGACAGACCAUGAGACAGACCAUGAAACAGACCAUGAAACAGACCAUGAGACGGACCAUGAAACAGACCAUGAGACAGACCAUGAAACAGACCAUGAGACGGACCAUGAAACAUACCAUGAGACAGACCAUGAGACAGACCAUGAGACAGACCAUGAAACAGACCAUGAGACAGACCAUGAGACAGACCAUGAAACAGACCAUGAGACAGACCAUGAGACAGACCAUGAGACAUACCAUGAGACAGACCAUGAAACAGACCAUGAAACAGACCAUGAAACAGACCAUGAAACAGACCAUGAGACUGACCAUGAAACAGACCAUGAGACAGACCAUGAAACAGACCAUGAGACGGACCAUGAAACAUACCAUGAGACAGACCAUGAGACAGACCAUGAGACAGACCAUGAAACAGACCAUGAGACAGACCAUGAAACAGACCAUGAGACAGACCAUGAAACAGACCAUGAGACAGACCAUGAAACAGACCAUGAAACAGACCAUGAAACAGACCAUGAAACAGACCAUGAGACGGACCAUGAAACAGACCAUGAGACAGACCAUGAAACAGACCAUGAGACGGACCAUGAAACAUACCAUGAGACAGACCAUGAGACAGACCAUGAAACAGACCAUGAAACAGACCAUGAAACAGACCAUGAGACAGACCAUGAGACAGACCAUGACACAGACCAUGAGACAGACCAUGAAACCGACAAUAAAACCGCUGAGAAGAGGACGUCCCUGUGGAGCCAGAGACGUCCUCCUGCCCGACGUCCUCCUGCCGGACCUCCCUCUGCCGGACCUCCCUCUGCCGGACCUCCCUCUGCCGGACCUCCCUCUGCCGGACCUCCCUCUGCCGGACCUCCCUCUGCCGGACCACCUCCUGCCGGACCACCUCCUGCCGGACCACCUCCUGCCGGACCUCCUCCUGCCGGACCUCCCUCUGCCGGACCUCCCUCUGCCGGACCUCCCUCUGCCGGACCUCCCUCUGCCGGACCUCCCUCUGCCGGACCUCCUCCUGCCGGACCUCCUCCUGCCGGACCACCUCCUGCCUGACCUCCCUCUGCCGGACCACCUCCUGCCUCUCCUCAUUAGCCCCAUUAGGUCUCGGGACAUCCACGCGGUCACAGUAAACAUGCAGAGGCAGAGCUACAGGUCCGUACUGUCACCUUUAAUUAACCGUGUGGUGCUCAGACGUGGCGACGGCGGCGAGGACGGCGGCGAGGACGGCGGCGAGGCAGGUGUCGGGACGUUGUUAGUGACGGGUCAAAUUACAUUACAGUCAUCACACGCCUCUUCUGCCGAGCGCUGUCAGAGGGAGAUAAGCCAGAGUGAAAAGAGGAAGUAG